CAGUUCUGUCACGCGAUGACGUCAGGAUCAGCACUGCCGGGAAGGUUGCUAAGUACGGGUUCCGUCCGAGAACGCUGCCGAGUUGUAGAGACCGACGGACGGACGGACACUCGAUACGGACGGUGCACCCUUACCGACUGUUCAAUUUCAGGAAUGGGAAACCAUAUUGUUUGUGACCGUAACAACAAGAAUAUGCCACUGGAUGACGACUGCCAUGUCUGGAAAAAGAAGACCACAGAUGUGAAGGAUCAGUAUGACUUCAAAGAGGUCCUGGGAACGGGAGCGUUCUCUGAGGUGGUCCUGGCAGAGGAGAAGAGGACCCAGAGAUUGGUGGCUAUCAAGUGUAUCCCCAAGAAGGCUUUGGAGGGCAAGGAAAACAGCAUUGAGAAUGAGAUCGCAGUCCUGCACAAGAUUAAACAUGCCAACAUCGUAUCUCUGGAAGAGAUAUUUGAAAGUAAAUCACACCUCUACCUUAUCAUGCAACUGGUGUCUGGCGGGGAACUCUUUGAUCGUAUCAUAGAGAAGGGCUUCUACACGGAGAAAGAUGCCAGUAAGCUCAUUCAGCAGAUUCUAGAUGCUGUCAAAUACCUCCACGACAUGGGCAUUGUACACCGUGACCUCAAGCCGGAGAAUCUCCUUUACGACAGUAUGGAUGAAGACUCCAAGAUCAUGAUCAGUGACUUCGGUCUGUCUAAAAUUGAGUGCUCUGGCAGUGUGAUGUCAACAGCGUGCGGAACACCUGGAUACGUUGCCCCUGAAGUGUUGGCUCAGAAACCCUACAGCAAAGCAGUGGACUGCUGGUCUAUUGGUGUUAUAGCCUAUAUUCUGUUGUGCGGUUACCCUCCGUUCUACGAUGAGAAUGAUGCCAAACUGUUCGAACAGAUCCUGAAGGCAGAGUACGAGUUUGAUUCUCCUUACUGGGAUGACAUCUCGGAUUCAGCUAAAGACUUUAUAAUCCACCUGAUGCAGAAGGACCCCAACAUCCGAUACACCUGUGAUCAGGCUCUGCAACACCCCUGGAUCGCUGGCGAUACUGCUUUGGAAAAAAACAUCCACGAGUCCGUCAGUGCUCAGAUCAAGAAGAAUUUUGCUAAGAGCAAGUGGAAGCAAGCAUUCAACGCCACAGCUGUGGUCCGUCACAUGAGGCGUCUCCAGCUGGGCACCAGUAGCGAGGGACCCAACCCCAGUUUGCCGGAGGAAGAUGCAGAGGCCUGCGAGGGAGGGUGCUCCCAGAACGUCGAGGGUGGAGCUGACCCCAUCUCCAACUGCUCCUUUCGCUGCCACCCAACUAGCAGGGUGUGAUACCUGCACCUGUUCCACUUAGUUACCUGACCAAUCCCAGCAUUUUUCAAAAUUGAACCCUCUCGGUGGAAGCACCAUUUCCCCUCCCCCCACCCCCUUAUCUGGUUCGGAACACUGCAUAAUUCCAACCUCACGCCUGCAGGGGGGGCAAGCCUGUUCAGCCUUAGAAGGGGAUUAAAGGAGUGAAUAAGUAAUUUGAGGCUAAAGGAGUAGGGAGACUUGAGGUUAAUCAUGCACCGAAGGAUUACUUCAACAAACCAGGCUGGUAGUUUGAGAUAAAAUGAAAUGGGGAGGAGAUACAAAAGAAAGGGAGGAAGAUAACCUUCUCCACCAGAGAGUCAGGGGAUCGUUUUUGCAGAAACAGGACAGAGCUUCUUGGACAGUGUUUUUACCCAUGGUCAAUUUCUCCCUUUGUUUUAUUGUUUUAUAUAUUUCUCGGUUGUCUUUUUAACGUCCAGCAGUGCAAAUCCAGAGACGAUGUCUGCAUGAUCAAGAGAGUCUCCCCCGUUGCAUGUUUUGUCAUGUUAGAAAUAUAUCCUGUCGCAGUAAUGCAGUACAAUGCAAAUUAUGGGGUGUUGUGUGCAAAGUUGUUAAAGGAUGAACCACAUAGUGCAACAUAGCUAACUUCUCUAUGUUGACAUCCACUUGAGUCAAAUCUUCUACAUUCUAUGUCUUUAAGUCAAGCUUUUAGACAAUCGGUACGGAAUAGUUUAUGCAAUGAAAACUCCAUCUAUCUACUCUGUAGCCUUUUUUGAGGCAAUGUAUUGUUUCCAUGCAGCGGUUAGGUUUUUUGAGAGGCAACAUCUUCUCUUUUCUCGACCCAGAACCCCUUUAACCACUCAAGCACAGGGAUAUAUCUUUGUCUAAGGUGCCUUUACUAUGAGAAGUAUAUUUUCAGGUGGCGUCUGAAGUUUGUCGGUUUCUUAAAUGACAGACUUUUGUAUGUAUCACAUUUCAUGCUUUUUGUCUCAGAUUUGAGUACUGUAAUCUCCGAUGGCAGGGCUUGCAUACGUACUGUACAGUGCCAUUAUAGUUAAAGGGAUAUUAAGAUGAAUUUGAAACUGUCAGAUACAUUUCUGGCAAGCUUCAUUUUUUAAAUUAUUUUUUUUAUCCCUUAUGGAUUAUUUACAUUUAGCCUGCUCCCUCAAUGAUACAGAUUAAAGUACCGUGUUCAUGAAUUUAAAUACAAAUCCUUGUUCACUUUGCGCAAAAAAAUUGUACUUUCAAACCUUAAAAAUAUUAAUCAGUGUGCUUACUUAUGCUGGAGACUAGGCUGACUUUGACGGUUUAUUUUGGUUCUGUCAAUGCAAGACGUCUAAACAAAAACUGAAACUAAAAUUUGAUAUGCAUCUGUUACUCUGUACUGUAUUGUACCCUUUGUCUCUUCAUAAAUUAUUUUACAGGCGCAUUUCCUCCCAUCAGCAGCCUGUUUAGAAAGGAAACUCAAAUUAAAGGAUUUAAAUAUGCAUCAGAUUGACUCACUUCAUCUUUACUGUUCACCAUUGGGGGUUUUAUGUUUGUAUGUGCAUUAAGAGUAUAUAUUCAUAAAACUUGCAUGGAAAAACUAAUAGCACUAUUGGCUCUUUCACAAUGUAACGUGUCAAGAGCAGAAUAGUGUUGAGUAUCAGAUGUAGAGGAGCUUAAUGCACAUUUGUUAAAAGGUACUUCAGUCCUGAUACUGAUAAGGAAUUGAAGAACUAUACUCUUGGAGAUCUUGCACCAACAUGCAUCUUCUGCGUGCUUCAUCCUGUGCUUGACGAAUCGCAGUUUAAUUAUAAUAGUUUCAUUCUCUCACUAAUACUCUGGAUAUUUACUGAUAUGAGUUGCAUGAUGUGGUUUGAACUUGUCAAUUUAAUUGAUCAACAAGGAAUAGUGUGUACACUACUAGUACUGUUGUGACCGUCGCCAUGAGAUGAGUGCUGUGAAAAGGAUAUUUUGUCAGAAUUUGUAUACUUUUAAAAAGUUCUAAAUUCUCAUCAAAAGUUUCUCAUGCAGAUGAGAAUAGUAGAGCGACAAACGUAUUAACAUUUCAAAACAAGUUCAAAAUGCUGCUUUAAAAAGAAAUUAUCCUGUGUUCCUAUUGGAUAGACGUUGUCAUGUAUUUGGACGUAAAGUGUGGUUCAAAGAGUAUUCUAUUCCUCUGGGAUGUUCAGUGUGAAUUGUUUGUACUUUGAAUUACUGUGACAGAGGAAGACCAACACAAGCACAUGAAAGCUGAGGUAGGGAGGUGGUUGUCUGCAGCUUUAAUAAAGUUGGCAGACAAUAUCAAUUUAUCUCCCGAUAAUAAAAACAAAAAAAAACAAAAAAACUUAUUUUGACAUAUAGCCACAAACACUGUCCUUCAUUUCAAGCAGUGCAAUUACGCUCCUGUGAUUUGUCUACAGAUAAUUAUUCAUUUUGUCGAUAUUAAAAGGUUUACAAGCACAGUCAAUCCAAAAAGUACUCAAAACAAAUGUAUUUCAAAGAAUAGUAAAGUGAUUAGGUUUGAUGUUUCUCUUUUGAACACGUUAAUUGCUUGUAAAGAAUGACUAAUGUGUAAUUGGAGUAUAUGUACCAUAAAUAUUUUGCCUUUUGAGAAAUGCUCUUUCGGGCUGCGGUAUCUCCAGUAUACACAGAUGGAAUGUAUCGUGUGUUGUUGAAACUAAUUUGUAAGUGAAACAUGCAUUAAAAUAUCUGUCUAUGCAUUAUGAA